CAUAAACUGUUCAUCCGCGGGGCCGGCUUUGAGCAGACUUUUUCGAGCGCCAGCACUGCGACGGUAACGACGAAAUGUCUGCGCACCGUUACGGUGUCGCGCUCGCGGUACCGCUGGCUAAUUAGCUUAGCAUCAGCUGCACGUCCACAUCAGUGAACUGCAGGCGCGGCUCCCUAACCGUUAGCCGAACGGCUGACAGCUGCCGAGGCGUAACGCUCCCUCGUCACAUUCAUCACCAUCAGUAGACAUUAAUGGGAGCCGCGCAAAAUCCUCAGCUACUACCUGAGGCAACUACUAGCUGCGUACGUGUGCGCGCGAUUCUUCCUUCCUUCAUCGCUGUUACUUCAUAUGAUGUGUCAUUUCAGACAGUGUGUGCAAAUAAUAAAGAGAUUACAUGAAGCGUUUUAAAUAACACUUGCUUCUUGCAUAGCAGGGUGUAUAACGAGGAAACCUGGGAGCGGAAACAUGGAAACGCUCGCGAGCCGAGUCGCGCGCAUGAAUAAUGCAAUGACCUGGUGGUCUUCCCUCCCUUCAUCCUCAAUGAAUUUCCCAGGCUACUCGCUGUCCAGCAGCGUCGGGCCGACCCUCAAGAGGCGAAUCGAGCGGCUUUCGGGGGGAAUGGGACGCCCGCUGUACUGUGCCGCAGUCGACCGGCGCAAGUCAAAGGUGUGGAACUACUACACGCAGCUGAGCGAGACCCACGUGGAAUGCAACGUGUGCAAAAAGCAGCUGUCCUUCCACAACAGCACCACCACCAUGAGGGAGCACCUCGUCCGUAAGCACAGCAUCCGGGACAACGGGCCCCAUCCCACCGUCAACACCAUGCUUGCCUCCGCUUCGGCGACGCUGCUCCCGCCCAUGCCCCAGCCGAGCUACCCCGGCAACAGCGCAUCGACGCCCACCACGGCGACAGCCUGCAUACUGCAGCCCGUGGUUUCCCUAGUGGUCAAGGAGGAGGUGCAGGACGCGGACAUCUCGCCCGAGUCCGGGGACGCCAAACGGGCCCGGACCACAUGUGGGACCAAUAGUGCUGGAGCCGGUGCUUCGAGCACAAAUGCGCUGUCGAGUCAAGACCAGGAUGUGGCGCAGUCCUCGCUCUCUGGAUUUGUGUACAAUGAGAGCAGCAGCACUGGGAACGGCGGCGGUGGCGGCAGCACGAGGAGCUGCAGUAACAAGAGGGCUGCCCUUCUCACCGAACUCAUUUUGGAGAUGGUGUUCAGAGAUCUGCAGCCGCUCUCGCUCAUGGAGGAGCGAGGUUUCCGGAUGCUCUUGAGCUGCUUAGAGCCACAUUAUCAUGUGCCUUCGCCUUCUCAGCUCGGCAGCCUGCUGUGGCACCGUUACCAUGUCCUGAAGCAGCACCUGGAGCAACACCUGCAAGCGAGCCUGGCACCGGGCUGCCUAGCGCUGUGCACCGAACGGUGGCGCUCUGUGGCAGGCUGCGGGGUGGGUGGCAGCGGCGGCCAGCUAUACUCUACUGUGAGCGCGCAUUUUGUCGACAAGGACUGGCGCCUGGCUCGCUGCGUGCUCGAAACCCGUCCCAUACGGGAGUUUGGCGAUGAAGCUGCGGGCAGAAGUGGUAUCCAGCUGGGUGACAUGCUGAGGGCGGUUCUGUCUGAAUUCCAUCUCCCAGAAAGCUUUGUGUUCUGUGUGGUGCAUGACACGCCCUGGGUCAUGGAUGCCCGGGGGGCAGGUCAGCCUGAUCAGGAGCAAAGUUACCAGCAACAGGAAAAGCGACCGGAUGUGCUGUCCCGCAGGGUCGGCCCUGAGCAAACAUCUGUCCAGAGUCUCCCCGCAGGCUGGGUGGCGCUGCACUGCGCCGGGGACGCGCUCAAACUCUGCGUUCAGGAGGGGCUCUGGGACGAGCCUGUGAGACAGGCGUUGGCCGCUGCUCGCGGGAUUGUGUUGCACUUCCAGCAUGACGCAAACGCCGCAGCGGCGUUGAGCCAAAAAGCGGAGGCCGCCAACAAGGCUGGGGCGCGGCUGCUUCUGGAUGACCCCGGACGCUGGGCUACUGCUAUAGACAUGUGCGAGAGCCUUCUAGAGCUCAAGUGGGUUGUGAGCUCAGUGCUGGAGGAGCAGAAGGCCACGCCCAACCUGGCUGACCACCAGUGGCGCCUUCUGCAGGAGCUGGUGCCCAUAUUGAGGACGGUGCGCAUUGCCGCCGCCUUCCUGAGUGAGGAUACUAAUGCGCCCAUUUCCGCCCUCAUGCCCUGCCUUCACGGCGUCUCUCGUCUCCUCGGGCAACGCAUGGCGGAGAGCGGCUGUGCCGUGGCUCAGGGCGUGAUGCAGCGGCUGCGUGCCGGAAUGGAGAAGCGCUGGAGACUUGGCGAGGAGGACGUCCUGCAGGACAGCCCUGCUGUGCUCUCUUCCUUUCUGGACCCCAGGUUCAAGGAGCUGCGCUUUCUCAGCCCGCACGCGCGGAGCAAACUACAUGACAAGGUCAAAGAGCUGCUGUCGGCUCAGGCGUACACUGAAGACGGGGAAAGUGAGAGGGUCGAAGACGAGGAGGACGAGGAUGACGAGGUGAGGGAGGGCCCGGGGGCCGAGCUGGCGCUGGGACUGGCCGAUCCCCUUUCGGCGCCGGCCGAAGCCACGCCGGACUCGCCCGUGUCCUGCGGCUCGGCCGAAGAAGGCGACAUUAUCGUGCUGAAGCAGCAACAGAGCGUGACUCCGGGCUGCCUGAGCGCUCCAAAGCAGAGUGCUGAGCUCGCGCUGGGAGGCGGCACCGCUAACCGGACGACCGGCCAGUCGAAGGGCGACACCCAAGCAGUGCCUCGCGAGCGCGUCAGUCCCGUGCCUCAGAGUAUGUACGACAUCCUGCUGGGCGAGGACCCCACCGAGAGAAUGCCCGAGAUACACCAGCAGCUCGAGAACUACAUUGCGGAGCCGCUGUGCAAGCGGAGCCUGUCACCACUCAACUGGUGGCGAGCGAAGGAGCACCGGUUCCCCGCCGUAGCAAGACUGGCGCGCAAGUACCUGGCCAUUCCUGCUACGGCCGUGCCGGCGGACAGGGCCUUCGCUCCCAGGGAGACCUCUGUCGCGCAGCGCCGGGCCACAAUGGGGCCACAGCACCUGGACCACAUUCUUUUCCUGCAUCAGAACUGCAAUUACAUGGAGCACCUGAAGGGUGGGCACGGGGGCGGGCGGGAUGGCAGUGGGGGCGGAGCAAACAGCAGCGCCAGCCACGGCAGCCAGCAGAGCCGCGAGACCCUGUAUCAGUCGCUCGUGUCCUACGAAAACAAGGCGUGGGUGACAAGUGACGAGCUCUGAUCGCUGUCCCCUCACCUUUACCGUACUGAGUGCGGUGAAAGGUGCUUGACGAGAAUGUAUGUGCACCGACGGCAAACCUGCCAAAAGAGCAGAAACAGCAGCGAAUUUUUUUUUAGGAGUCCUGUGAACAUGUUGUCUACUGUAGCUGUUGUGUUUGGAGUAUCGAUACGUAGGUACAGUGUUUGCAAUAUAUGCAUUAAUGGUAUGCUUUGUAGCAUCUGAUCUAAACAUGAAAAAAACCCGCUUGUGAUACAAGGAUGUAUAAGAAGUUAUUUUUAGAAUUUAAUUCACACUCUUGGGGAACAUUUACACUGUGUCACAUUUCAAAUUUGUACUAUAAUUUACUAGUGUUGUAUUUUACACUAUAUCUGUGUAUACAUGAGAUGUGUGUUUUUCCUCAAAGAACAAUGACUACCGAGUUCAGUUGUUAGACGACGUCCAUUACUGGACACGUGUGUGUCCCCAGACUGCCUCCGUGUUCACUGUUAAAAUGGAUCGGCAGUGUCCCACUGAGAUGCUCAGCUCCUGCAGUUCAUGCUCUUGGCAGUGUUUUUAAUGGACCUUGCUGUUCCAUUCAGCAAUUUAAGGUUUAAAGAGCUACGGAGUGAAGAACUAACUUCGGGAUCCCCAAACUAAAAACUUUAUGAAAACAUAAGUAAUCUGUAUGGACUGAAGAAUUAUGGGAGACAUAAUUAAGAGCCAGAGAAAAAGACUCGGUGUAACAAUUUGUUUUAAGACCCUCCUGCACUUUAUUUCAACUUUUAAAGACAUUUCUCCAGAAAUGUGCUCAUGUACCAGUUUGUUCUUACUGAGCAAGAUCGCGGUACUGGCUGUACCCUGGCACAAAGUGCUCUGUCUUCUCUACUCUGGUAUUUGACCUCCUGCAGUCAUUCAGCUGUUUUUAUGGCUUUACACAAAAUACUGUACAGUGCUUCCAUUUGUGCCAUUGUUUAUUUGCUUACAUUGUUUACCAGGGUUGAGAAGAAAACAUUUUGUGGUGCUGAGUCAUGUAAGCAGGUAAGAGUGGAACACGAGCAACUGUCCUGGUCCCCUUUCACCACCACCCAACAUGCAGUCCUAACGUGAGCUUUCUCUUGCAGUGUCAGCUCCUGAGCCGUGCCGAUGCCACUCUCCCCAACAGGCCGCUCUGUCUGGUGCUGCCCGCAUCUUUCUGUGAGGCGCUCUGGCGCUCAGCCCUCACAUACCCCCUGAGAGGGAGGCAAUGGAGGACAACAGACUCUGGAGGGAGACGCGCACACCUGGGGGUCUUUGGCGACUCCCCUCUCACUUGUAGAACAAACCUCCUGGUC